AUGGUUGCCAACACUUCCGUUACCCGCGUUGCCGGUGUGCUCAAGCGCCGCAUCAUCAUCGAUAUUGCUGCUGGUUUCACCACCGGCUGCAUUGCUGCCUUCUCCUGGUGGCACUUCUACCACCAGAAGCGUCUCCACUUCCGCGAGCAGUGGUACGUCGACUACGCCAAGGCCAAGGGCGCCGCCGCCGAUGGCUCUCUCGAUAUGGAAGCUGAUUCGGCAGGCGAGUCGCUUCGACAGGCUUUGCUGGACAUUGGCGGCCCGAAAACACUGGCAAUUGACUCGGGCCUCACAGCUGUGGUGUCCGCAUUAUGUCCCUACAGCUCGUUGAAAGACUGUGGUGUUUCUGACGUCGUGACGUUGACGAGGGAAACCAUUCGAGGAAAUAUCGUUUACGUGGCAUCGGGCAGCCCAGAGUCUGUCAAACUGGUGUGUGACAAUCUCCAAAAGAGCAUUGCCAAUGAUGGGGAACGAAUUCUGCUCGUCAGGCCCCGCACCUCGCCUCUUGUGGACCUGAUUCUCGAUCAGCAUGGCCUCACUGCGGAGGUCAAGGUCUAUGACUGGCCGGCGUUUUUUAUGCCUGGCCCCGUACUUUCAAUGGGCCUUUCGCCAACUAUGCCUGUGAAUGAGUUGGUUUGGCAAACCGCAGUCGCGCUCAAUGCCUUGCAGGCAGCCAGUAACGGGCCCUUUAGCCGCGUCACCGGCCAUGGCUCCGCUGCGAAAAGAGUCUCUGAACUCCUACAAGACUUGCAGGGUGAACACCAGGCGUCUGCUGUUGCCAAUGGUGGGUUUGAGUACUAUUUUGGGUCUGCAUUUGUGGGCUGCGAUGUCGAUUAUUUGUUACUGAUCGACAGGCAGGUCGAUUGGGUCGGUGCGUUGGUGUUCCAGUUGACUUACCAGGGUCUUUUGGACGAGAUCUAUGGCGUUUCCCCCGGCCAAAUUGUGAAUGGACCUGAUGGCAAAGUCAAACUGGAGGGCGAGCUGUUUAAUAUGAUCCGGGAUCUAAAUUUCGGAAUGGUGGGCCAACGCCUGAAUUCGUUGGCUCGACAGCUGCAGACAGCAUACGACAAACGGCACGAUGCAAAAUCGAUCGAUGAAAUUCGCGAAUUUGUCGCAAAACUCGGAGACUUGCAGUCCACUCAAAUUCAGCUGAAGCAACACACAGCUCUUGCAGAGGCAAUUAUGAGCUAUGUCCAAGGCAACGAAUUCACGGCGUGUCUGGAGUUUCAGCAGUCUCUAGUCGAAAAUGAACUAGGGACGUCUGAAGCGGUGUCGCAGUUGCAAGAACUGAUUUAUCGCAAGAUCCCGGUGGCUCGAGCCGCUCGACUGCUUUGUUUGGUAUGCCUGUGCCGAAGUGGACUGAAAGAGAAGCAGCUGCAUACUCUGUACAACGAUAUACUUCGAACAUACGGGUAUGAGCACCUUCAGACUCUCCAUGAUCUGGAGAACCGAGGUCUUUUGUUCACCACCACGCAAACAAGCUAUGCUCAGAUUGCCAGGUCUUUCCAGCUCAGCAACCAGAACGAAAAAGUGUCAAAAGUUUACGCAGGGUACACUCCUUUAUCCGUCCGGCUGGUCCAGGCGGCAGUAAUGGCAGUUCGGGGAGACCCCAUGCUACUCGGAGAGUAUUUUGACAAUGUUCAAAAAAGCGACCACCCCAAGGAGGCCAAGCUGCGCAAAAUCCUUUUGCGCAACAGUGGUAGUCAUGAUAAACAAGUCAUUAUGGUUAUGGUCAUUGGCGGUGUUACAUACGCGGAAGCGGCGGCUAUGCGAGCGGCGGUUCCUAGUGAUAAAGAACUUAUUGUUGCUUCAACAAGCGUGAUCACCGGUGAUCGUCUUGUGAAAACCGAACUGUCACCCGCAGACUAA